ACACUCUUCCGCCCCAGCGCCGUCCGUCCGUCCGUCUCAUCCCUCUCUCCCUCCCUAUAAACAAAGCACGCCGUUUAACCAUCCACACCACCGAGACGAGACGCCCCCGUCUCAAAACCCUAAUCCCACCACCGCCGCGCCGCCCGAUCAACCCGCAGACACACACACAAGGGACGCCCCGGCCGGCCGCAUCGGCUCGUGGGCGACGCAGAUCGGCGGCCGCGUCGGGUGAGGGGGGCGGGCACCUCGCGUCGGGCACUCCGCCGCGGGGCUAGAUUUAGAUUUGGAUUUCCAGUUUUUCGCGUGUUCCAAGAGUAUGGUCGGAGGCGGCAGGAGGGGCGGCGCGGCGGACGACUCGAAGCUCAACACCGGCAACGUGUUCGCGGCGCUCGAGACGCUCAAGAAGAAGAAGAAGGGCGACAAGGCAAAAGGCGGCGCCUCCUCCAAGGCCAAGGACCAGCAGCCCUCGCAGCAGCAGCAGCAGAAGGAGCUCUUCUGGGCGCCCGCCCCCGUCACCACCAACUGGGCCGACGUCGAGGACGAGGACGACGACGACUACUACGCCACCACCGCGCCCCCGGCCCUCUUCGGGAACCACCACGGCGCCGCCGAAUCCAAGGAGGACGACGAGGAGGACGAGGACGAUGCCGUCCACGCCGCGCUGCAGGAGGAAAUAGAGAGUGAGGAUGAGGAGCAUGAUGAUGAGGCUGAGGAUGGUGCUGAGGAUGAAGCUGAGCAAGAAGUGGAAGCUGCCGAUCCUGCUCUGAAGAAAGCUCCAGCAGCACCCAAAGAGACAGAAAGACAGCUGUCCAAAAAGGAGUUGAAAAAGAAGGAACUGGCAGAACUUGAUGCUGUGUUAGCUGAGUUGGGAAUCUCUGAAAACCCAAGCGACGCUGCACAAGAUGGAAGCAAUGCUGAUAAGAAGGGUGCAAAUCAAACUGGCGAUGGAGAGAAAAAGGAGGACGUGCCUGCUCCUUCAGAGAGCAAGAAUGCCAAGAAGAAGAAGAAGAACAAGGACAAGAGCGCAAAGGAGGCGAAAGAAGCUGCUGAAGUGUCAGAGGAGACUGCAAGUGCAGAACCUGAUGAAGACACCAGUGCUGUGGACAUGAAGGAGCGCCUAAAGAAGAUGGCCUCAAUGAAGAAGAAGAAGUCUGGCAAAGAGUCGGACACAGCUGGUAAAAUGGCUGCCGCGGAGGCGGCAGCUAGGACCGCCAGGCUCGCGGCGGCAAAGAAGAAGGAGAAGAGCCAUUACAACCAGCAACCCGUGCGGUAAAAAAUGGUCGGCUCCAAGUUUUGAGAUGUUGAGAGUUUGGAUAUGAUGAUCGAUCCCCUUGUUCGUUUUGGAGUCUGAAUAAACUUUUUCCUGUCCCUCCCAGUCUCAAAAGAGUUGUAUGUAUGACCAUGGAGCCUCCUUCCUGAUAUUCAUUUCAGAAUUCCUGAAGGCCGGCCUCUGUGGUCUGGUCGCCAGAACGGUCGUGUAAUUGUGUUUUGAAUUGUGUUCGUCCAGUGGAUUUAUAGACAUGACAGCAUUGGCCAACAAGGGCCUCUUGGAUA